AUGUCAUCUCACGGUGAUCCACGGUUUCAGGCUCUGGCCACAGCAGAGCUUGAAAAGCGCCUCGAACGGAGUGAAGAGGAAAGAAGGCAGCUCGACGACAAGAUUACUGAGUUGAUGAUGGAGAUCAUCAGGCUGCGCAAAAAUGCGCAACACGACCGAAGAGAGUCGGAGAAUAAGAUCGACGAAUUGGAGGGAAAGCUGAAAGCUCUCUCGGAGUCCAAUCCAUCGGCGCCAACGGACUCGAAAGCUUUGGAUGUGGAUACCAGCAAUGCUAUCAAAGUUCAACACUACAAGAAGUUGAACGACCGCCAGUCAGAUGACUUUUUUAGGGCCCGUCUGUCAUCGAUUUCCGAGGCCAAAAAAGCAGACGAGCUCUUCAAACAACUUGAUUCUGACCAGCGCACGCUUACCGAAGCAGAGACCAAGGUUGACCAAGCGGUGACUAAGCAUAAGGAAGCAGUGGCCAAGCGUAACGCGACAGUGAAGAAAUGCCCCCAGGCACAGCAAGAGGCGCAGAAGUCUCGCCAACUAAACACCGAGGGCGAAAAGUCAGAGUCAUCUGCUACGAAACAAGGAGAAAACUCCAAAAAAGCCAAGGAGUUGGGAAGUAGCCCUCCGCACGAAUCAGAGCUGACAGUUGCGUCAGAAGAGAAAUCCAAGGUUGCGUACCAGGGUCAAAGAAUGAAGCGUAAAGCCCGAGGAAACGACUAA